CUCGAUUUUGUACAUUACUACGUAUAUAACAUGCGCGUCUAAAAUAACGCGCCUCCUACAUCGAACCUUUUCUGAGAUAGACUAUAUGCAACUAACAAUACCAAUACCAUCGUCUAAUAAAGGACAAUAAUAAUAUAUGACGCUACGUUCACGAUGCUAUGUGCUGUAGUGUUGAUUACUGGUCUGUGCGUUGAUUCCAAAUAGGCUUUCACAGGUGUCGGCACAACGAUCUUGAUAAAAUCUUUAUUUUUUGCCAAAAUAAUUUUGAAAUAAUUAUUUUUGGAGUCAAGUGGCGAUAAAAAUAUUUGUCAAUAGCAACAAUUAGGUAUUUAAAUCCUGCAUUGCAACUGCACAAUCAGAAUCAAGACAAACUUGGUAAAGUCUACAACAAUCCAAAAAAAUUCUACCAAAAUGUUUGGUACCAUCAUCGUCACCUUCUUCCUUCUAGGGGUCACAUUUGGCAAUAAACUACCCAUCUGCUCCGAAAACGAAGAAUACCAGAAUUGCGGCACCGAGUGCCCACAAACCUGUCUAGAAAUCUUUGAACCGAGAGAAUGUACAGAUGUAUGUGUCCAGGGUUGUUUCUGCAAAGACGGUUAUGUGAGGGCAGGAGAAAGCGGUUCUUGCGUACCCAGGGCGUCUUGUAAAAAUGUACCCAAAUGUCGAGUAAACGAGAUAUACUCAGAAUGUGCAACGCUGUGUCCUCUGACUUGCCAACAUAAGGAACCAAGGGUCUGCCCGGACAUUUGUGUGGAAGGAUGUGUUUGUAAAGACGGGUACAUCAGAAGUGUGCUUGGAGGUCCUUGCGUUUUGGAAGAUGUCUGUAGCGCUUACUCCUUGCUUUAA